CUCUCCUCCAUCUUCUCGCUUCUCUAACUGACCCCCCUCGUUCACCCCCUCCCACUCUCCACAGCCCGGUCAAAUGCCAGGCCCCGACAUGGUAUGCACGCCCACUGCGCCGAGGUCCUUGCCAGAACUGACCGUCUCAAAUCGCCGCGCACAGCCACCACUUUCCCGCCCUCACAGUUGUACGGUCCGCACGUUGUCGCCGGCCCCGCCGCCGGCGACUCGAUUGCAGGACCGGCACGUCAUCCCGCCCAUCGCGCCUCAUCUGCCUUCGCUACGUACGUGCACCGCACGCCCGUACUGCCCGCUCUUGCAAGUCGUGUCCGACCCGACCAUCCCGUGGCACUCACCUGCCCAAUCCGCUCCCUCACACAAUGUCGUCGCCCGCCGGUGCAUUGAGGACUGGCCCGCGCAAGGGCACGUCGAGUCGGGCGAAAUCGCGCACGAUGUGCGAAUCGUUCGUCUCCGCCAUAUAUUGGCCUGGUACGUCCUGCGUGCUGCCCCACACGCACGCGAUCAUCAUCUCCUGGAAAGAAUCGAGGACCUAGCUGGACGCGUCGACGCGCCAACACUGUAUACUGGCCAAGUAAGCACGCGUCCGUGUUGUGGUCGCACGCGCACACAGCCCGCUAAAGUUUACCUUCCACAGUCGAACUGUCAGAUGUUCGGCAACGCACGUGCGUGAAAUGCACACCCGUGCACUGCUUU